AAUAUUGUUAUUACUAAUGCAAAAGAAAAAGAAAGAGCGCGAGGCAUUUGAAUACCUCAGGCGGCUAGAAAUAACAAAAUAAAAUCGUAAGCGUUAGCGUUUUCCAAAGCAUUUCCGUUAGGCGAUUGGCCCCCAGACAUUGCUCACGCUGUGAGCAUGCUCAGUCAGUUCAACGAGUCCCACUCUGAAAGACAUUGGAAAGCGUUGAAGCGUGUCCUUCGUUAUAUAAAAGAUAAUGGGAAAGGGCAGAAAGAAACGAGAUGACAUUUGGAAACACUAUCGUGUGGGUCCUGAUAAAUCGGUGACUUGCAAGCAUUGUGAUCAUAAAUAGAAAAUAGCAAACGUCAACAAAAUGGGAGGUCAUUUAUUAAAAUGUGAGAAGUGUCCUGCAGUUGCUAAAAAUGAGCUGAAAAGUCAAACUGACGUAAAUAUCAUCAAUAACACUAACAGUUCCGUUGUAAUGACGACAUCUUCGCAGCCAUCGCUUCCUGUUGGUUCGCUGGAUUCAGAAAAUAGUAAGCAUAGUUUGAAUCAGCCCUCGUCGUCAUCACAAAGGCAAUCCACAGAAGAGGAAGAUAUCGAGAGGCUGACAAUAAAAUUAGCAAAGGCAGUAUUCAUUUCUGGAUCACCUUUGAGCCUGGUAGAACAUCCAUUAUGGAUAGAUUUUUUUAAAGAUCUGCAACCAUUAUUUAAGUUACCAUCACGUAAGAUCUUAUCAACUACGCUUCUGGAUAAAGUGCACACGGAAAUUAAAAAAAAGGUGAUUGAAUAUUUACAAACAACAAGUUCUUUGCAUUUACAGUGUGACGGAUGGACCAAUGUCAAUAACGAAGGAGUGAUAAAAUUUAUUAUUUCAAAUCCUGAACCAUAUUUUGUAAAAAGUUUAUCCACAGAAUAUAACAGGUAUACCAGUUUGUACCUAAGCGAAGAAAUUAUAAAAGUAAUGCGUGCUAACGGUGAAACAAAAUCUGUAGCUUUGAUUGGGGAUAACGCCAGAAAUCUCCAAAAAGCUUUCGAAUUAGUAAAAAAUUAUAUUCCACAAAUAGUGCCUCUUAAUUGUGCAGCUCAUACAUUGAACUUACUAACUCACGACAUUAUUAAAUGUGAAGUUAUCAAGCUACUGAUGUUGUAAGAACAAUAAAAAAAGCCAGCCUUCAAACUUAUUAUUAAAUAAAAUUAUUAAAGAAAAGAAAACAGGAGAGACCUUAAAAUUGCCCGUAAAAACACGUUGGGGUAGCCAUGUAGCUUGCUUUAAAAGUAUAAGCAAAACAAAAGCAGCCCUACUGGCCCUGUAUUCACGAAGCCACAGUGCUUCCUUCAGAAACUAAAUCUACUCUUCUAGAUGACAAUUUCUGGAGUAUGUUAGAAGAUUGCAUAGUUAUUCUGGAACCAGUCACCGAGCCUAUUUUUAUUUUAGAGGCAAACAAAUGUAAUAUUCACAAUGUCUUUUCUAUAUUCAAAGACGUGAAGUCAGUCAUUUUACCCAACAUAACAAUCAUAAGUAUUGAGGACAAACAAGCAAUUUUGGAAUCAGUUGAUAAAAUAACAAAAGAUUGUAUAAAACCUAUACAUUUAGCGGCCUAUCUUUUAGACCCAAAACACAAGGAUUGACAUUAAACGAGAAUGAAGAUCUGGCAGCAAUGGAAUUUAUUGAAAUAAUGGCGCGAAAUCACAAUUCUGAUGUAGUCACAGAUUUAGCCAAUUACAAAGCCAGGGAUGGAUUUUGGAGGAAGCGCUUUAUAUGGGAACAAGUUGAAAAUAUAAGUCCUGUAACAUAGUGGAAGGGUCUUUGCUCGUCUUAAAACCUCAGCAAAAUAGCAGUACGCAUUUUAACCGCCCCGUGCACAUCUGCAGCCACAGAGCGAUCUUUCAGUAAGCAUGGACACAUAAAUUCUAAGAAGCGAAACCGUUUAACAACCGAAAAGGCAGCUAAACUGGCAUUCGCGUCUUAUACCAGGGAUUUGCUUCACAAGUACAAUUAAAUUGUGGGAUCAGAAGAUAGUGAAUGUCUUAAAGAUAGGAUGACUCCAGAUCAUGUUCAAAACAUUCAACAAUCUGAAGAAAACCAAUCUAGUGAAGAUGAAAGUCAGGACGAUGAUCGGAACAAACGUACUACGGAAGAAAUUAUCUUAGCAACAAGAUCACCACAGCUUGAUAUAGAAUUUUUUGAUUGUGGUCGUAAUACUAGCAGUGAUGAGGAGUGAAAAUAAUAUUAAAUGAGUACCCACUUAAGUACGACUGUGAAUUUAAUUAUUAAUUUAAAAAAAAUGUUUUGUUUAAUUGUUAAUAUUGGGGACUAAAAUUAACCUCCCAUAGUUCCAUAUUUACUUACUACAUUAUUAGAGAGAUUUAGUCCAUUUUAAUAAUAUUGUGUUGAUUAUAAUUAAGCAGAUAAUUAUGAUGAUUAAUACUAACUCUACAAAAUUACUCACUUUACAAGUAAGAUAUAAAAAGUUUAAGAUAAUUAGAUUUUAUAUGCUGUGCUGAUAUUACUACAAUUAAAGAUUU